CGUUAUUUGAUGUCACGUCAACAUUCAAUUCCUAUUACGUAUAUAGUUUAUUUAGUUAGGUUAAAAACCAAAUGUUACAAUUGUAUUAGGUUUGCUUAAUAAUAAAUAUGAAAGUUUGGAGAGAAUCUGCUAGUUUAAUCUUAGCAGCUCGUCAUACACAAAAGUACAUUAAUUCCUCCUUACCCUCAAAUUUUCAGUAUAAUUACAAUUUGUUGUGUUUAAAACGUCAUCAAAAUUCCAAGUUUAUGCCAAAUACUUAUGUAUUCCCUGGUGGCGUGGUGGAUCCCUCAGACGCUGAUUUGAAAUGGCACGAUCUUUUCUCUGCCUUCGGUUUCGAUGUUAAUAGUUUCACGUCUUUAAAACCAACCACAAGUAUGCGUCCUUCUAUUUUUAAAUCAGGACCAAACGAAUUGCCAAGAGAAAUUUCAUUGCGCAUUACUGCAAUUCGUGAAACCUUCGAAGAAUGUGGCGUAUUAAUCUGCAAGCAAUCAAGAGAAGAUAAUGCUUACCCUGAUUGGGCACAACACGUUAAAAUUUCUGAGAAUGAAUUGGACAAUUGGCAAACAAAGGUGCACAACGAUGCAACAGAAUUUUACUCGUUAUGCGAAAACUUUCAUUGCUAUCCAGAUUUAUGGGCUCUUUACGAAUGGAGCAAUUGGUUAACACCAACUUAUUAUACUAGAAGACGAUACGACACAGUUUUCUAUUUAGCCUGUUUACCAAGCGUGCCUAACGCUGUUCCAGAAGCGACGGAAAUGGUGGAUUCGAAAUGGGAUGUGCCAGGAAGUUUCUUAUUUUCUUCGGGUAUUUUGUUGCCACCUCCGCAACAAUAUGAAAUUGCAAGGAUAGCGAAAUUUGAAAGUAUAGACAAUUUGUUAGAUUUCGCUAUCGAUCGAAGUAAAAUAGGAGUACUUCUGAAUUUGCCGGUGAAGGUGGAGUUGCAGGAUGGAAAAGUGCAUGUUUUACCAGGAGACUCGAUGUACCCUAAGGAUGUUAGUUUAAUCGACGAACAAAUUAUUAAUAAAAGUGAUAUCACUAUUCGUGAAUUUAGAGAAAUAUCACCAACAAAAAACAGGAUGGAAUUUUUUAAUCUUCAAGUAAAGGAACUAUUCGUUCAAAAUUUUGAUAGUACAGAUGGUCAUUUAGCUCCUUUACAAGUGAAAAAUGUCUACAUAACUUCGUUAAAUAAAAAGUCUAAUCUAUGAUCUAUUUAUGUAGUAAUAUACAAUGUUUUUUGAUGCAUAAUCUUGUGCAAUUUUGCUGUGUAAAUGAAACAACGUAUACUAAUGUUUAAUAAAUGAACAAUGUAUUUUUUUAUUUUCAA